AUGCAAAUCUCAACUUUCAACUUCAGUUGGAUUCGAUAUGCACUUAUGUUUAUACUUUACAGUAGGGGACACAAAUUCGUGGAAGUUAUGGAUCUGAAGGCUAUCCAAGAGUGGACAUCAUGCGAAGCAGCAGAGUUCAAGGCACUUUUUGCUGAGUUAAGGAAUGAAAAAUCAUGUGACAGGAUGGAAGUGCUUGAAAAGAGGUUCCCUUCAAAGACUAUUCACCAGUUGAGAGAUAAAUAUGCUGAAGUCUUUGCAGAUAUGCUCUAUGGUGAGAUAGAUGAUGAACCCAUCAGAGAUGACACAACUAGUGAUUUGCGUGAUUGGUACAAACUUUUAGAAGGAGACACCCAUGACUCAGUUCUGGGACCAUCAGUGGAAACAUCUGUGUUCCAACCUUCCAAACAAUUGGUAUUAAAAGCAACUAGAGAUCAGGAGGAAAUUCAAAAGCCACACUGUGAAUCAUCACGGAAGGAGAGACAAACUUGGACUGCUGAGGAACACAGGCAAUUUCUACAUGGUGUACAACAUUUUGGGCGAGGGAAAGGAAAACCAAAUGCAUCAAGCAUCCCACUGCCAGUCCUAACAGAGGACAUGGAUAUUCUGCAUGAUCUAACACAAGGAAUGCCUCAUUUUGGGCAAGCGAGUAACAAUCCAAGUAACUUAGCAGGACAGACAACACAUUGCAAUCAUACAAUCGAGAGCUUCUUCCAGUGGCAAGGCCCAGGCACCGCGUCACCAAGAGAGCAGUGGAAUGUCCUGCUUGCUCAAAGCAGGACUGAACAGUGGACCUGGCCUCGCCGCAAGAGACGUCUUGCUGCAACCACCAAAUGUAGGCGCAAGAAUAACAGAAGAACACUCCCCGAUGCCCUCACUGCCCAAAUCCCACAAGAAGUUCUGCAAUUUGCACAAGGAAGUGACAGCGGAGCAAAGUUAUCAUGUGAGAUGGUGCCCAUCAAAGGGCGCGAUCUACGCACAACCAUACCGCCAUUCUGA